CUGGUUUCCCUGGUGACAGUUGCCGGGGCAGCGCGAGAAGGCGUCCGGAAGAAGUGACAGAGCUGCUGCGGCCCCCGAAAGCAGGAGCCGAGUGACAGCUGGCAAGAUGGCAGCAGAUGAAGGCUCGCAAGACACCUUGCGGCUCCAGUUCAAGGCCAUGCAGGAGAUGCAGCACAAAAGGUUACAGAAGCAGAUGGAGAAACGGAAGGAAAAGGAACUGAGCCUUGAAAGCAAAGUCAAGGACCAAAAAGAGCCCUUGGAGAUCUCCGAUGGCCUCAGUCUUCUCCAAGCUGGGGAGCAACACUUAAAAAACAGCUUUGAACGGAGGGUGCUUGAAGACGAGAUCGAACAACUCCGCGACCAGCUCAGGGAAACAGUGGACGAGAACGGGCGAUUGUAUAAGCUGCUGAAGGAGAGGGAGUUUGAAAUCAAGCACCUCAAAAAGCAAAUAGAAGAGAACAGAUUGGCCUUCACAGAGACAGCUGGUGUGGCUGGGGAUGCGAUUGCCACCAAAAUCGUCGAGCUGUCCAAAAAGAACCGGGUGCUGAUGGCAGAGUCAGAGGGUGCGAAAACCAGAGUGAAGCAGCAGAACCAGCACAUCCAGGAGCUGGAGCGGGAACUGCAGACGGUCCUAGCCAGGCUGCCAGCCAAGGGGGCCACUGACGCAGGAGCCAAGCCACCGAGGGCCCAGAUGGGAGACAGAGCCUUGCCGGAGUCCCCAGAGGUGAAGGUCUUGCAGGACAGGCUGGCGGCCACGAACCUGAAGAUGAGCGACCUCCGCAACCAGAUCCAGUCUGUGAGGCAGGAGCUCCGGGUGGCCCAGAAGGUGCUGGCCAGCGAGGUGGGAGAAGAUGUGAACGUCCAGCAGCUCCUGUCCUCGCCAGGGACUUGGAGGGGUCGGGCUCAACAAAUUCUAGUUUUGCAGAGCAAGGUUCGAGAGCUUGAGAAACAGUUGGGACAGACCCAGAACAGGUCUGUGGGAGCAGCCAGUGAUGAGCUGUCUGUCUGUCCAGACCCAAGGAAGCUGUCGGCGCAGGAGAAAAACCUGCUGAGGAUCCGCAACCUGGAAAGGGAAAAGCUGGAAAGCUGGGAGAAACUUGCGGGGGAGCGGGAUGCCCUCCAGACGGAGCUUGAAGAGCUGAAAAAGAAGUUUGAGGCCGUGAGGUCCCGGAACAAAGUGCUGACGAGCGAAGCGAAGACCCUCAGGAGUCAGAUGGGGACCCUAACGGAGAAGGGCAGGCAUGAUGACGAGCUCAUCGAUGCCCUCAUGGACCAGCUGAAGCAGCUACAGGAGAUUCUGGGCAGCAUGCAUUUGCAGGAGGAAAAGACACGAGCAUCCCAACGCCGCCUGGACCAGCAGCUCAACCACGAGGCUCAGCAGAGCAGCAGCCUCGUCGCCCAGCUGCGGGCCAUGGUAGCUGAACGGGAGGCCAGAGUGCAGCAGCUGGAGAUGGAGAUGGGGCAACUCAGUGUACAGUAUCAUCAGAAUAAAGGAGCGGGUGAGGGGUCCAGUGGACCCGAGGUCAACCCCACCUACACCAAGCUCCUGGAGCGCCCGGGCCUGACCAAGCCCCCGGCCUCAGCAGGCGAUCACGUUGGCAGACUUGGAUCUUCUCGCUCUGUGACCAGCCUGGGCCACACGCUCGUGGAGUCUGCUCUCACGCGGCCUUCCCUGCCCAGUCCUCAUGGGGCGUCACCCAGGUUCUCGGACUCCCCAGAACAAAAAGGCUGGCAUGCCCAGGUAACAGAGUUCAAGGCUCUCUGGCAGGCCACCGAGGUGGAACGCGACCGGCUCACUGAGCUUGUCACCGUCCUGCAGAAACGGAUGGAGGAGAGCAACAGCAAGCUUCUGGAGUCAGAGAGGAAGCUGCAGGAGGAGAGGCAUCGCACUGUGGUGCUGGAGCAACAUCUGGAGAAGAUGCGCCUGGAGCCGGGGAGGACAUCAACCUCUCAGAGAGCAGCUUCCAGGAGCAAAACAGGUCUGCCCGCCGCUAACACCAGGCACAACCCGGAUGGGAGCGAGAGGAAGGACCCACCUUUCGCGCAUCUCUCCAACGUGCCUGUGGAAUCCCAGAUGGAGGAACUCACCACCAGGCUGGCCAUCCAGGUGGAGGAGAAUGAAAUGCUGAAGGCUGCCCUGGGCAGCGCCCUGCGGGGAAAGGAGGAGGACUUCCGUAUGUACCACGAGACCCUGGGCCAGGUGAAAGGGGUCUUCCUGAAAGCCCUGCGGCAGCAGAAGGCAGACAAGCACUAGGAUGGUGGUCCUGUGUCACCCUGGCCAGACGGGGCAGCCUCAGGCCCUGAAAAGACGAGACUCUAUCUGAGGACUCCACCUGCUCCCGGAAGCCAACCUGGGCAUGGCAGCCAGCCCAGCCUCCUUCUCCUGGAAGAGGCUCUCCAAGGGUGACCGAGCCAACACGUAAGGCCAGGAGGGCAAAGGAGAAACCCAGAUGGAGCCCUGGAGAAGCCCCUGGGCAGGCGUGGCUGCGACAGGGAAGAGGCCCAGCAGCCUGCGGGGCAUCAGCGAGGGCUUUGGGACAAUAAGCCACUGUCGCCAAUGCUGUCCCCUGGACAGGUGCUCAUCAUCCUUGUCCUAGGGCCCAGCUGGGGGCCCCUGCACGCCCACAUGGCUUCAUAUGCACAGGACGGCCUUCGUGCCCCAGGCUGGGUGCAUCCCCCCGGCCACCUAGCCCCACUCUGUCGCCUCACCAGGGCAGCCCACUCGCCCUCCCCCUCCAUGGCUCCACCCACGGCCAUCCUCACCCUCCACAGACUUGGGGGCACCACACUCCCAGACAUCUUGUCGGCCCACUCCUCAGGGCCCUUCCUUAGACGCAGACCCUCGGACUUGUAAUAAUAAUGAUUAUUUUCAUAAUCGCCGCAGCUCCCAGUGAGUGAGCAUCUACUGUGGAAACCAGACCCCAUCCAGUCCUCCAGUAACCCAGCAGAUUGUCACCUUAUUUUACAGAUGAGGAAACUGAGGCUCACAGAAAGAAGCCGAGCUAACAUUUAACCCUGUCCUGUCCUGCCCGACUCCAAAAGCCAGGUCCUCCAGUUGAGCAGACUCACCAGGGCAGGUGUGCCCCCCCACCCCACUGUCGGGCAAUUCUGCCCCCAGCCAGCUGCUCCGAGAGGCACCUCCUUUUGCUUCCAAAGGCGGCAGCUGGUAGCAGAGGGCAGAGGUGGGCUGGGCUGGAGCUUCGGGCAGGAGGAUUUUGAGCCAGUGAGCCCAGGCGAAGGCACCGUGCACCACCCUCACCGCAGCACAGGCGUGAGCCCGGAAGGCUGCCCCCAAGCCCGACCCCAGACACCCUGGCCACAGCUGUGCACACCUAGGCCCACACACAGAUACAGAUGCACACAAAUACCCAGACUGCGGAGCACACAACCCUACGUGUACACACGACACCCACAGACAGUGCCGACUGCACACUCAGGCCCCUCCGCACAGGCCUGUGCACACACGGGCAUGGGUGUGAAUGCAUGCGCACCUUCACGCACAUGAAGACCAGCCCCUGUGUCACUGGUGCAGUGACUCACAAACGCAGGUGCACAUGCUGUGAAACAUCCCUCCCCAGGGGAGCCGCCUGGGGAUCCUGGGACCCUGUGUGCUCAGGCCCUUCCUGGGGGCCGGGGCUGUGAAGGGACUCUGUGCUGGACCCCCAGUCAGGGAACACCAAGCCUGCACGGGAUGACACAGGCCUAGAGACCCCCUGGCAAAGUGUAGUGAAGGCCGUCAGGAGAAAGGACGAUUCUGAUGGGGUCCCAAGGAUCCCUGGGAAGGAAGAGCUUUUUUCCGAUUCCCGGAGCAGGGAAAUGGCCAGGCAGACCGAGAGAGCGAGAGGGCCUGUGCUGGGAGGCCUGUGACAGUGAGGAGUGGGCCAAAUGCAGUCCGAACACCAGGCAGAGUAGUUGGCACCCUCCCCUGUAGGCUCUGGGCAGUCCCAGAGGUGAUCUGAGUGUGUGGGGGUGCAGGCUCUGGCCCUCAGUGGAGUCCCUAGGGGGACAAGCAGGCAUAGGACUAGCCAUCCUUCCUCAGGGAUGGACAAAGCAGCAGGGGUCACCUCAGGGAAGGGCAGGGUGGCACGGCUCACACCCUGACCACUGAAGUGUAGUUUUCCUGGCUCGGGGCUGGGUCUGAGAGAGGAAGGGCCAUCCAGUCACUGGGUCUGAACAAGUGGGGGUGCCUGGGGCAGAUCUCUCUCCCCACUUACCACCUGUGUGGCCUUGGGCAAGUUACUUAGCCUCCCUGAGCCUCCAUGUCCUCAUCUGUAAAAUGGGGACAAUCACAGACCCAUCCCUCCAGGGCUGCUAUCGGUGACAAAGAAUAACCCCAAGGCAUUUAGCUGAUUAUUAACUUGCUGUUUACUUCUGUACAAGGGACACCACCAAUAGGUUGAUUUCGGUGCACAGAGAUAAAAACAGAAUUUGUGUGAGGGGAGGGGGAAUGCAGUCAGGCAUAGUAAUUCUAGUUUGCACAUUUUUGGGUAAACUGAUUAGCUGACAUCCUGCAGAGAUCGGUCUGGGCAUUCAGUCUGUGCUCAGGCCCGAGGUGGGUAUAGAGGUUACAAGUUACAGAUCCUAAGGGCAACCUUGAGAGCUUUGCUGUGGGACCAGGCGUCCCUGUUGCAUCUGCUGGCAGCUGCCACCAGCACCCCAGCUUAGUUAAACCAACUCUACUCCAUUCGCCCAUCAGAGCCCCUCUUCAGGAGCCAGAGUUAAAAAGUGUCAAGUGCUGGAGCAGCAGCUGGUACACAGUAGGCACUCAAUAAAUGUUAGCACUAGUAUCACCUCUAUUAGCUCCAAGUACUUACUUACUGAACAGCUCCCCUGCCUCAGGCCUCGGGGUGCUGAGUGAGGCAGACACGGUCUCUGAGCUCCAGGAAGUCCCAGGCCAGCCUCCACUCAGCUGGCUGGCCACCAGGGUCAGUGAGUGCCGACUGUAUGCCAGCCUCUCGGGGCCUGUGAGGGGCCUCAGCCGAAUCUAACUUGUUGCUGCUCUCAGGGAGGUCCUGGUCCAGUCAGGGAGGCCUGGGAAACAGAGGGUCAUGAUGGAGCAGGAAGGUACAAUGAGCAGGUGGCGGGGGGCGGUGCAGAGACAUAAUGUGGCACCUUCCCUGCUUGGCUCCCAGGCUCUGCCCACAUCUGGGAGGGGAGGGGCUGUCUGUAUGACCCCGAGGUGUGAGUUGGGGGAGGCCCCGGAGAGCCUGGGAGCAGGAUUUUUAAGGGAAGGAGGGGU